UGAUCGCGUACCCUUGAUCGUACCACGUGAUAAUACUUCCCGCGGUUAACCAUUUCAGCAACAAGAGUGAGAGUGACACACAUAUUGAACAGAUCAAAGAAAUUUUAAAAAAAUGUCUGGUCGUGCUAGAGGUAGAGCUCGGGGCCGAGCCCGUGGAGCAGAUCAGACAGAGCCAGCCAGAAGACCAGGGGAAGGAGAGUCCCAGUCUAUGCCAGCUCCAACUUCUUCAGCUCCUGCUCCAGCACCUGCAGGAGGUCCCCCAGGGCCUAGUGGUAGGGCCACCUACAGGGGUGGAGCUGCUGUACCACGUCCAGGUAUGGGCGGGGGCGAAGGCCAGGUUCCAGCCGAUGAACUUGCUAAGAUGAGUAUUGGGACUGGUGAUGCUAGUCAGGUUAAAAGAAGACCUCGUUAUACAGAUCCAGAAACUAAGCCUGCAUGGAUUACUGACAAACGAGGAACAUCAGGGACAGCAUUACCAGUGAAAACAAACUAUUUCAAACUUGAAUCAAAACCAGAUUGGCAUUUAUAUCAAUACCAUGUUGAUUUCAACCCACCUGUAGAUAGCAAGAGGUUGAAAAUUGCCUUAUUAUUUCACCAUGAAGAACUUCUUGGAAAGACUAAAGCCUUUGAUGGAAUGGUUCUGUUCUUGCCUCACAAACUACAGCAAAACGUAACAGAGGUAUAUUCAAAAAAGAAUUUUGAUGAUACACAGGUCCGAGUGACCAUUACAUUGACCAAUGAACUGCCACCCACUAGUCCUCAGUGUUUACAAGUUUUCAAUAUAAUCUUCAGAAGGGUUCUAACAAUGGUGGAUAUGCAGCUUAUUGGAAGAAAUUAUUUCAAUCCUAAAUUGGCAGUUCAAAUUCCUCAACACAAACUUGAAGUAAUGCCUGGAUUUGUAACUUCCAUAUUGAGAUAUGAAACACAAACAUUACUGUGUGCUGACAUUUCUCACAAGAUCUUAAGAAGUGAUACAGUUCUUGAUAUUAUGUACGAGAUGUACAAUCGUUCUGCUGGAGAUGCCUUUUAUGAAAACUGUAUCAGAAAAUUUGUAGGAUCUAUUGUACUGACAAGAUACAAUAACAAGACAUAUCGUGUAGAUGAUUUUGAAUGGGAUAAGAGGCCCACAUCAACAUUUACACUCAGGAAAGGAGAAGAAAUCUCAUAUGUAGACUAUUAUAAGAAAAAUUAUUCCAUAACAAUAAAUGACCUCAAUCAGCCUUUGUUGGUAAGCAGACCUAAGAAAAAGGACAUAAAAGUAGGAAGAACAGACAUAUUAUACUUACUACCAGAAUUGUGCUGUUUAACUGGACUAUCAGAUGAAGCUAGAGCCGAUUUUAGUGUAAUGAAGGAUGUAGCAGCUCACACUAGAAUUGCACCUCAGGGUAGAACACAAACCUUAACAGACUUCAUCAACCAGAUCAACACUAACCAAGCUGUAAAGACGGAAAUGGGAGGUUGGGGGCUUCGCUUCUCACAAGAUCUGGUACAGAUUAAUGCUCGUGUUGCUCCUCCAGAGAAGAUUAUGCAGAGAUAUGAUGCUGUUCUGAAUUAUAAGCAAGAAGAUGCUGAUUGGUCAAGAGACAUGAGAGGAAAAGAAUUGGUUACUCCAGUAGACCUUCAAAGAUGGGUAAUAGUGUUCACAAGGAAAAACUCUGCAAUGGCUCAAGACUUGGUCCAAACCUUGAGCAAAGUUGGACCUCCCAUGGGAAUGAGGAUUGCUCAACCUACUCCAUGUGAAAUUCCAGAUGAUAGGAAUGAUAGCUACCUCUCUGCUCUUAGACAGCAAGUACAGCAAGACACACAGAUGGCUUUGUGUAUUUUGCCAACAAACAGAAAGGACAGAUAUGAUGCCAUCAAAAAAUUCUGCUGUGUUGAUCACCCAGUUCCUAGUCAGGUUGUAGUAGGCAGAACUUUGUCCAAGAAACAGAUGUUGAUGUCAGUCGCUACUAAAAUAGCUAUCCAGUUGAAUUGUAAACUUGGUGGAGAGGUUUGGCAUCUAGAAAUUCCACUGAAAGGUUUGAUGGUGGUAGGUAUUGAUACAUACCACGAUUCAGCCAAGAAGGGACGUUCUGUAGGAGGUAUUGUCUGUAGCAUGAAUAGAAAUCUUACCAGGUAUUACUCUAGUACAACAUUCCAAAUGCAGACUCAGGAACUCGUUGAUGGAGCAUGUAUAAAACUGAGAGGUGCCCUUGAGAAGUACCAUGAAGUAAAUGGUGCCUUACCAGAGAGAAUUAUUGUGUUUAGAGAUGGUGUGGGUGAUGGACAGCUCCAGGCUGUACAUGAACAUGAAAUACCACAGAUGAUUGACUGUUUCAAGAAAGCAGGUGGUACAGAAUACAGUCCUAAGGUUGGUGUAGUGGUUGUGAAGAAGAGGAUCAACACCAGAUUCUUUGCCAGUUUGAACAGAGGACAAUUGGGUAACCCACCCCCAGGAACCAUCAUUGAUACAGAAGUAACUAAACCGGAGUGGUAUGACUUCUUCCUUGUAAGUCAGUCUGUCAGACAGGGAACUGUUACCCCAACUCAUUACAAUGUUGUGUGGGAUACAACAGGACUUAAACCAGAUCAUAUGCAGAGAUUAACCUACAAGAUGUGCCAUCUGUAUUACAAUUGGCCGGGUACAAUCCGAGUUCCAGCUCCAUGCCAGUAUGCACAUAAGCUUGCCUUCCUUGUUGGACAGAGUAUUCAUAGAGACCCAUCACCAGCCUUGGCAGAUCGUCUUUACUUCUUGUAAACUGACACUAUGUUAUAAGAGUGACAGGACUAUGUUAACUUUUUUAAAAGAUGUUGUGCAGAAUGAAGUGCCUACCUAGCUCUAUAUCGGAGCAUGAAUUGUUUACUUCAGAUGCAAUGUACUUUUGUGCAAUGACUAGAAAUGGUGCUGUUUGAAAGACUAUAUUUGUGAAGCAAGAUAUUUGGUGAACUAUAGUUUUGUCUAAAAACAGAGCAACGAUUAUUUUACCAGUUUAGUUUUAUGCGACUGAUUUUUUUGUUGCUAUAAUUGGGUUAAAACUUUAUUGGUCUAUAGCUACUAUGUUAUCUAUAGACCUAAUUGGACGAUUACACAGUUGGUUUUAAACUUUAUUGGUCUAUAGCAGCUAUGUUGUCUAUAGACCUUUCUAAAUAUAUCAAAAGACUGACCCACAAGGGACUACAUGUACAAUCAAAAAUGAAAAAAAAAAUGUUAUGAGAUUUUUUGUUUACCAUUUUUUUUAUACAUAGUUUAUUGUUUUAGAGUAGGUUUUGUUAUUUUUUUUAUACUGUUUUAUUUUACUGAGUUGAAAGACUUUGAAUAAGCUUUGUGGUAUAAGUGCAGAUGUUUUAAUCAUGUGUAUCAAUAUCAGUGUACAAGUGAUCAAAGGUUGCUUAUAUCAUUGUUUAUAGUUCAUUACAUGUAGAAUAGAAGUUAAUAAGAAAAUUUACCACAAAGAUUAAAAGAAUCUUGUUGAAAUGUCUGAUUGUGAGGAGAAUCUCUGAAUUGAAGUUUUUUCAAAUUAAAAUAAAUUCUUAUUUUGAAGAAAAUUGGAGAAUUUUUGUUAAUUUUUUUUUUUUUUUU